CUCCUUUGUACUUUAGGCGAAUAACCUUCCGAAAGCCAUCGCAGCUGCUCACACCUUUCUGCUGAAGCAUCCUGAUGAUGAAAUGAUGAAGAAAAACAUGGCCUAUUACAAGAGCUUGCCCGACGCCGAGGACUACAUUAAAGACUUGGAAACCAAGUCAUACGAGAGCCUGUUCAUCCGAGCCGUGCGGGCGUACAACGGGGAGAACUGGAGGACGUCCAUCACCGACAUGGAGCUGGCCCUUCCCGACUUCUUCAAGGCCUUUUACGAGUGUCUCGCCGCCUGCGAGGGCUCCAGGGAGAUCAAGGACUUCAAGGAUUUCUAUCUCUCCAUAGCAGAUCAUUACGUGGAAGUCCUGGAAUGCAAACUACAGUGUGAAGAGAACCUCACUCCAGUUAUAGGAGGCUACCCAGUGGAGAAGUUCGUGGCUACCAUGUAUCAUUAUUUGCAGUUUGCUUACUAUAAGUUGAGCGACCUGAAGAACGCAGCCCCCUGUGCGGUCAGCUACCUGCUCUUUGACCCCAACGACAAGGUCAUGCAGCAGAACCUGGUGUAUUACCAGUACCACAGGGACAAGUGGGGCCUGUCGGACGAGCAUUUCCAGCCCAGACUGGAGGCAGUUCAGUUCUUUAACGUGACUACUCUCCAGAAAGAGCUGUAUGACUUCGCAAAGGAAAAUAUAACAGAUGACGAUGAGGGAGAGGUUGUGGAAUACGUGGAUGACCUCCUGGAGCUGGAGGAGACCAGCUAGUCCACAGGAGCCAAGGACACAUCCCCUCGAAGUUCAGGAAACAGAGAUUCUUGGUCUUCCUUUUCCCAACAGCCCAAGUUGUUGAUACCUCAAAGCCUUCUCUUUACUCUGUAAAGUGAAAGGGAAGCCCCAUCUCUCACUACAUAUAACACGUGAAAGGGAAGCCCCAUCUCUCACUACAUAUAACACGGGGCGAGCCUGCCUUCCCCGUGACCACACCUGCCUCCCAGCUUCACACCUGCUUUCUCUGUGUUGACAUCUGUCUUCCCCAGCUUCACACCGGCCUUCUUCAUGUUCAUACCUUCCAACCACUUUGGUUGGAAGGACAGUCUUCUAUUUUUGCCCCCAGAAAAAUCUAUAUUAUUUUUUAAUAAGAAAAAUACUCCUAAAAGAUGGUAAUUGUGAAAACCUACUUUGACCUUUCUGCUCUUCCAGAUUUUAGUCUUUUUUUAUCCCCAUGCCCUGAUCCAGGAAAGCUGUUGGAAGAAGAAGGCUAAACUUCCCCACCUCCCGUGAUGGUCUGCACAUAGUCUGACCUGCACCGUUCGUGGCACCCAUUGAGAAAGAAGUUGGUAACAGUGUACAGUACAGAGAUGUGGCUUUUGCCCAACACUUUUGCAUCUCCAGAGUCUGACAGUGGCUUGUUGAUUCCAGUUGAGGACAAUUCUCAAUUAUCAGUCUCCGAGCUGGAAAUGGAAGAAAGCAGAGGGAGUCUAGUUUCAUUUGCUCUUUCAAUAAAUAUUUAUUGAGCACCUA